AAGAUCAGGUGUAUCUUCGAAUUCCCAAGGCUAGUCUCGACUCGAUAUAGUUUUUCAAAAAAUAUCGUUUCAACUUUCACCCCAAUUCGCAUCACUUACGACCAUUGUCUGAUGCAAAUUCGUAACGUUGAUCCUGUUCUCAAAAAAGAAAAUAAAAGAUUAUUGGACCACAGGAGUGCUAGAGUAAUGGAGCUUGAUUCGAAUAACAUUUUCGUCACUAUUGGAGAACCCUUGCAAUCGUAUUUAAGUAUCGGAUGUAAGUCGCGCUUACUUGUAGACCACUGGACUAUUCGAUACCAUCUCACCGCGGCAGCAAAGCUUGCGUGGAUGGCGGAAACCGAUAAGAAAAGAAAUCACCGCAGCUUCUGCAUUGUCUGAAGUAUCAUUAGCAACGUUGAUGGAUCAUGGCGCGAGUUAGACCGGAAGCAAGAAUCGAGGUCUAAGCUGGCUCGUUGUGAAGAAAAUACAAUUAUAAAUCGUAAAUACAUUUUCUAUGCAACAUGGACAUCGAUCCUGAGUAUGUUGACAGUGAUAUUUGCAUAAUAUAUGCGGAUACCGAACGUUGAAGAAUUAUACACACAAAACCUCUCUACUGCGGAAGAACCAUAAAAAUUCAUAUCGAUCGAACAGCGGCCAUCAGCGUAAAUGAUCGGCGGUCGAGUGUUUCUUGCGGUGAUUUACGCGAUGGCUUUUGUGUCGGGGAGAGCCGAAGUCGACGGGUUCAGGGAAUCCUGUCCGUCAAACGCCAUUGUCAAUUUGUCCAGACGGAAGUCGAUGUCUACGGGGUUGGCGAAAGACUCGGGCGACAUCAAUUUGCCGAACGCAACGCGUCCCGAGGAUCGGAUAACAGUCGGAUGCCUGUGUGACUUUAAAACGUGCUUGAAACUUUGUUGUCCGCUGGAAAAGGCCUGGUACGAACAAAGCUGUGUGGAGGAUGAUACCGUUUACAUCUUCCCUAAAAUAAAAACUCUCAUCGACGAUGGGCAGAAGAACCUGACGCUGCAGGAUUUUCACAUCGUCCCUGAUUAUCCUUGCGGUUUUGGCUGGGCGACGCUGGAUGUGCUGGAAAAUUUCUACGCUUUUCCCAACGGUUCGAUUUAUACGCCGGAUUUUUACGGAAGUAAAUCUCACGGAUUUGACAAUUACUGCCUUUUACGGAAUCCGAAUUCUUCCGUAUAUUUGGCGGUGGUAUGUUACCCUAAAGCCAGCAUGAACUACUGGGACACCAUUUGUUGGUCAAUCCAAUUUAUCAUAAUUUUGGCAGUAUUCGUUUGCUACACCAUAGUACCUGAACUGAGGACUUUUCAUGGAAUGAUAGUUCGCUCCUAUAUCGCCGCCUACGUUGGACUCUACCUCGGUGCCUUGGGAAUAAUGAUUACAAAUGGGUUAAGAGACUAUGUCCAGCUGAAUAUCCUCAGUGAAAUUGUCGUACAAUAUUGUGACAUCGCCAGCGUCCUUUGGCUGAACGUGAUGAGCGUUAAUAUUUGGAGAACGUUUCGUUUUCACUUGUUGCAGAAGCGUGAAGUCUGCCGACUCAAAUGUAGAUCAGCGUAACCAGAAAAAAUUCGUCCUUUGCAUGAUCUACGCUUGGGGAACACCGGCUGUUAUUGUUUU